UGCUGCUGUAAAAUAAAAUGUGUGUUUCUUUUAACGUGUGUGGCAGCUCAAGAUAUAAGUUUUGAGUUCAGAAGCAUACUCAUGAGCUCCUUUACCUUUCUUCUUCUCUCUGUUGCUCCUGCCAUGUGCUGUCUCUGAGUUCAAACUCUACAGUUAAGAUGUCCAGUAACAAUGCAACAGCUUUGGAGAUUCCAAUUCUAAGCUACUGUAAAGUUAAGGUACGCGGUGCAGUAUGCUUGGAGCUUCAUAGACUCAUUGAUAGAAUUUCGCAUGUAAUUUUAGCCAUCGAAUCUGCUCGACCAAAUAGUACGUUAGCUGUGCAGGUGUUGUGCUCAUUAAACUUCACUUUGGCUAAAGCCAAGUCAGUUAUCAGACAUUGUUCCAAGUGCAGUAAACUCUACCUGGCAAUCACAUCGCACAAGAUACUUUCAAGAUGUCAAAAAGUAAGAAAUGCAUUUGAAUUUUAUUUGGCUCAGAUUCAAAAUGCGGUUCAAACUCCAUUGGCUGAUGAGAUAUCUGCAAUACUACAUGACCUUAGGGAUACAGAAUUUUCCCUGGAAUUUGCAGAAGACGAGGCUAGGAAAGUACUACUUUCACUGCUUGAGAAGAAUUUUCCAGAUGCAGCUUCUAUACAAAAGGAAGAACUUGAAGCUAUUCAAAUUGCAACUUCUAGAUUGGAGAUCAAAUCCCCGUUUUCUCUCUUAGUAGAGAAAGCAACCCUUAAGAAGCAACUUGAAGAAGUCAGUGAAAAAAACCUAAAGGAGAAGGAGCUUCUACAAUACCUUUUGUAUCUCUUGGUCAAACAUGGGAAAUCCAUUUGUCAGUUUCAAAAUGGAAGCCACUCCCCGAAACAUGAAUGUCAUGACCAGUCCUUUGAGAAUGAGUUGGUUGUGGAUGAAUCAAGUCAAUCACUCUCUUAAACCAAAAGUUGGAGAUUUAUGAUUCUUUAGCACUUGAGGUUGUUUUGUUCGUACUAUAUUACUGUCUAGUGUCCACAGAAGGUGAUUUGUGACUUAAAACAAGCAUUUCUAUUUUAUUCAUUUGAUAGGACCCCGAAUUUUUUUAUUUUUUUUUUAGCAUAGGACCUGGACACCCUCUAUCUCAACCUGUAUAUAAAGAGAAAAAAUAUAUAAAACGUAGAAUCUAAUCAAAUCAA